GUGCACAGUGCGGCACACGCAAGAGACAGCCAGCAACUGCAAGUGCGAUGUAGUGAGGGAUGCUUCCAACCAGCAAGGCCGAUGCUCUUCCUCACAUGCUGAACAUACUCCACGAUAUGUGGUAGACGAUUCGGUCCGUCAAGAAGUCUAUCAAGUGAUAGAUACAGUGUCAGCGGGGUUCGACCAAAGAAAAGAAAAACGCAUCCCCAACGACUCUGGGCUUGGGCUAAUUUGUGGAAGCUCCUCACGUUCUUCUUUGCACUGCUGAAAUUACCCUUUCUUCUUCUGUCAUCUCCCAACCUUGGUUGACAGUUCUCAUGAUACUCACUACCAUGCCGCCGCAGUACAGACCCGAGGCUGGUGACCUUGGUCCCAGAGCGACUGUCUUUCGCACCCGUGAACUCGUGCUCAACCCCGACGAGCCGCAAGAUCAGCAGCCCCAUGUCUUUGUCGAACAUCACGAAACAGUCCAGGACGGUGUCGGCGUCAAUUUGGCAGCCCUCACGGCCCUCAAGGGACUUGAUUUGUACUCAGCUCUUGCAGUGUAAAUCUGGUGGUUGGUAUUGUUGAUGCGGCGUCUUCCCAUGGCAUGGAUUAUUAACCUUUCCGUGUCUUCCGAGGAAAAACGGGACCUCUUCUAAAAAUCUCUUACAGGAGAGACGACAGCUUGCAAUGGUGCUCCUUUACCAUGCGGCGGAGUUGUUCUCCAUUUUCAUAUUCAUACUUUCCAGGGGCGCUGAGACAGGAGUAUGUGGUCCAAACGGGAGCGCUGUACUCAGGCUGCUCGUUCUAUCCGGUUCGGCUUGUGUCGAAGACAUUGAGCGCCUUCGGGGCUAGGAAUGGGGCGCUCGAACGCAUCGGGUAAAGACCGGCAUCUCGUCUUCAUGCGCACUUGGCAGGAGACCGCAGCAUAAGGUUUUCCCUGAAACAGGAUAGCCUAAGAAAGUCAAUUAGACACGGUUUCUCAGAGGAGGCCGCAAAAUCCGCACGGGGAGGUAAACUGUCCGUGGUUUGUGACUGAAAAUAGCCUCUAACUUGCCAAAGCCGAGCAUCAUGCUCGUUGAUGCUCAGCAGAAAAAGGGGCCUCACUCUAAGCAUCAUUAGAAGCUUAUGUAUAUAAUUGAGAGAGCUGCCUCCUCCAACCGCUUGAUGAAUGUUCAAGUCAUUGGCUUCUUUCACAGUCUUUUCUUCACAGUCUCUCGUUGAACAACAGCAGCAUUCAUUCGCUUUGACCCCUACGAUCGAAGUCCUCAGAACAAGUUCAUCACCCAAGACAUUCACCAACACUGUCAAAAUGCGUUUCGCGGUUUUCUCCGCCAUCUCCAUGGCCGCGCUGGCCACAGCGUUCCCGUCCGGCUCAGGUCACCAUUUCCUCGCCAAGCGAUCGAGCUGCGCGACCGCAACCCCAGUUGAAUUCCACUUCAACGACACCAGCAUCGGCACAUUGGAGUCGUGCACCACAGACGUCACAAACCGAGGCGGCGAUGCCGUGCCGAAGUUCCGCCGAGACGACAACAGCACAUGUGUCGACGGCCCGUCGACAAACUACACGGUAGCCGCCGGAGACACGCUUGAGAAGAUCGCCCUCCAGUUCGACUCGGGAGUCUGCAAUAUCGCCAAUGCCAACGGUAUAACCAACCCCGACUUCAUCCUCGCCGACCAGGUCUUGAUCAUCCCCACCGAGGUAUGCGAGGCGGAGGUGGACAACCAGAGCUGCCGGGCGUCGGCCGGCACAGCCACCUGCGUCGUACCAUCUGCCGAGAUGAACGGCACCUAUACCAUCGUCGCCGGAGAUACAUUUUUCCUCAUCUCGUCAAAGCUGGGCAUCACGCUGGACUCCUUGCUUUCUGUCAACCAGGGCGUGGACCCAGGCUCCUUGGAGGUCGACCAGGUCAUCAAAGUUCCUCUUUGCCCAGCAUAAGCUGAUGAGGAUCUGCGCGAUCGAUAGCAAUUUUCACGUUUUUGACGAGCAAGAAGACUGAUGACAGUAUCAAGAGUUGUGGACGAGUUUCAAGUUUGAGUAGAUGGUCCGAUAUAUUACCUAGUUAGGCGCCUCAUGAAUAAUGCAUCCGGAACUGACUUCAUUGACGGGCCG